AUGAGAGUUCCAGUUUCUUUGUUGUCUCUUAUCGGCCUUUCUAGCGGCCAGACUUGUACGGAUCUUCCGACAAAGUCUUCUUCUGAGUUUAGCACAGAAUUCUACGAGUAUGCCUGUACGAUUAUUGCGAGAGUAGAAGAGAAUCAAAUAGCUGACCCAGCAACAGUAUGUGCGACUGUAAAGACGCGAUGGGAGGCUACAGUCACAAGCACAAAGAUGUAUUUUACUAAGGACUUUGAGAACACCGUCGCGCCAAGUAUUGACGCUAACAAUAGAAACGUUGUUCCGUAUUCUGUAAAAAUGCAACUGAUUGACGCUGAUUUCAAUUACGACAAAUCUCCAACAGAGUCUGAUUUCCAAGAUAAACUAAAUGAGCACUUAGAAGACUACUACAUCAAUAGCGACUUCUUCGAUAGAAUUUAUGUUGAGUCUGGCGGCUGUACUCAAACAGAUUUCAAACCGUUGAAGCCUUCCGAUGUUACUCCUGUAACAACCGAGCUUGAUAAAUUCCAAGAUUCUGCGAAGGUUUCUGGGCAAGUGAAACUCGACAAGGCUUUUGCAACCGAACCCAAGCCUCUUUUUAUCUACGACGAAGCAAAAGUUGGCCCGGACGCUUCUUCAUACGAAAAAAGUUUGAUUGUUUCAAAACUCAAUGACGAGGUUGUACCAGAUGUAUUCCAACAGCCGGAUGACGCGGAAUUCAAAUACUACGAAUAUACACUUAGCAAAGACAUAGCCGAUCCUGAGGUUAUCCUGCUGGAUUACACAGCUUAUUACGCCCCAAUCGGAAACACAACACUCAGUGAGGCACAGACAGAACAAAUAAGAUUGGAUGUCGAAUCAAAAUUUAACGAUUACGUAAAUCGGGGCGAUACAUUUAUUUCGUCGAUAUCGGAAGCUCCAACUGCAGAAUAUGUUCCGCGACAAUUGAAAGCAAACGAAAUCUACCGGGCGAAUAUAAUUACUCUGUGUGUAACCCUAGCCGUGGCAGCUCUGCUCGUGAUCCUCAUCGGGGCCGUCGUUGGCGUCGCUUACAAAGAUAUUCAGAAACAAGUUCGUCCGCCAGUGGGCGUUGGUCCUUCUGGGCUCACAGUCAAGCCGCUGGAAUCAAUGUACACAGUGGAUACAACUAGAACCGCUACGAAUACAAUGCGCUUUUGA